GCGGCGGCGCCUCCUCCUUCUGCUGUUGCGCCCCAUCCCCCCGCGGCCGGCCGGUUCCAGCCCUCGCCCCGCGUCCCCUGCCCGCGCCCCCACCCCGGGCCCCGCCAUGGGCCUCACGGUGUCCGCGCUCUUUUCGCGGAUCUUCGGGAAGAAACAGAUGCGGAUCCUUAUGGUUGGCUUGGAUGCGGCUGGCAAGACUACCAUCCUGUACAAACUGAAGUUGGGGGAGAUUGUCACCACCAUCCCCACUAUAGGCUUCAAUGUGGAAACAGUGGAAUAUAAGAACAUCUGUUUCACAGUCUGGGAUGUCGGAGGCCAGGAUAAGAUUCGGCCUCUGUGGCGGCACUACUUCCAGAACACUCAGGGCCUCAUCUUCGUGGUAGACAGCAACGACCGGGAGCGGGUCCAGGAGUCUGCUGACGAACUCCAGAAGAUGCUGCAGGAGGAUGAGCUGCGGGAUGCGGUGCUGCUGGUGUUUGCCAACAAGCAGGACAUGCCCAAUGCCAUGCCCGUGAGCGAGCUGACUGACAAGCUGGGCCUUCAGCACCUGCGUAGCCGCACGUGGUACGUCCAGGCCACCUGUGCCACCCAAGGCACAGGCCUGUAUGAUGGGCUGGACUGGCUGUCCCACGAGCUGUCAAAGCGCUAGCCAGCCAGGGGCAGGCCCCUGCUGCCCGGAAGCUCCCGCGUGCAUCCCGGGAUGACCAGACUCCCGGACUCCUCAGGCAGUGCCCUUCCUCCCCACUCUUCCUCCCCACAGACAGGCCUCUGCUCCUGCGCCUGCCUGCAUGCUCUCUCUUGUCGUUGGAGCCUGGAGCCUUGCUCUCUGGGUACAGAGGGCUCUGCUCUCCUGCCUGCUGGGACCUGUGGAAGGGCUUCCUGGCCAAGGCCCCCUCUUCCAGGGGAGGAGCAGGGAUCUGGAUUUAAUUUGGUUUUGGUUUUGGUUUUGAUUUUUUUUUCUUUUUCUUUUUUUUUUUUUUUUGUUU